ACAUGUUUUGCACAAGUGUAUCCGCGGAACCAAAUCCCUUCCUUUCUAGCACAAAACGGUCAUGGCUUCCAGCUCUCUGGUUCAGUCCUCUUUCAUUUCCAAUCCCAAACCAUUAUUCUAUCAAAACCCUAAGCUAUUAACCCCUCGUCGCUUCCCCACCGUGAUUUCUUGCACUUCAUCGACCCUCGAUCCUGCUCAAUCGAACAAUCCUCCGUCGGUUGUCAAGCACCGACGCCCCGCCGACGAGAACAUCCGCGAAGAGGCGCGGAGACACCGUCAGUCUACUACCUUCUCGGCUAAGUAUGUGCCGUUCAACGCGGGGACGGACUCGUCGGAGUGGUACUCGCUUGAUGAGAUCGUGUACCGCAGCCGCUCUGGAGGUUUGCUUGAUGUCGAGCACGACAUGGAAUCGCUAAAGAAGUUCGAUGGAGCAUACUGGCGGGAGCUGUUUGACUCGCGCGUGGGGAAGACUACUUGGCCGUAUGGUUCUGGUGUGUGGUCCAAGAAGGAAUGGGUGCUUCCAGAGAUCGAUUCUGAUGAUAUUGUGAGCGCUUUUGAGGGGAACUCGAACUUGUUCUGGGCUGAGCGUUUUGGCAAACAGUAUAUGGGCAUGAGCGAUCUCUGGAUCAAGCACUGCGGGAUUAGCCACACUGGCAGUUUCAAAGAUUUGGGCAUGACCGUUUUGGUCAGCCAAGUGAAUCGUUUAAGAAAAUUGAAGCGACCUCUGGUCGGAGUCGGGUGUGCCUCCACUGGCGACACCUCGGCCGCGCUGUCUGCAUAUUGCGCGUCUGCCGGCAUCCCAUCGAUUGUAUUUCUUCCAUCGAAUAAGAUCUCAAUGGCUCAGUUGGUGCAGCCAAUCGCGAAUGGGGCUUUUGUGCUGAGUAUUGAUACUGAUUUUGAUGGCUGUAUGAAGCUGAUACGUGAAGUCACAGCAGAGUUGCCAAUUUAUUUGGCGAAUUCUUUGAAUAGUUUGAGACUUGAAGGACAAAAAACUGCUGCAAUUGAAAUCCUGCAACAAUUUGAUUGGGAGGUGCCGGAUUGGGUAAUAGUUCCUGGAGGUAACCUUGGUAAUAUAUAUGCCUUCUAUAAAGGGUUCAAAAUGUGUCAAGAAUUAGGUCUUGUUGAUAGGAUACCAAGGCUUGUCUGUGCUCAGGCAGCUAAUGCCAAUCCACUUUACUUGUAUUACAAGUCUGGUUGGAAAGAAUUUAACGCAGUGAAGGCGAAUUCAACAUUUGCCUCAGCAAUACAGAUUGGAGACCCUGUUUCUAUAGAUAGAGCUGUGUAUGCACUGAAGAAUUGUGAUGGGAUUGUUGAGGAAGCGACUGAGGAGGAGCUGAUGGAUGCAAUGGCGCAGGCAGAUUCUACUGGGAUGUUUAUAUGCCCUCAUACUGGGGUUGCUUUGACUGCUCUGAUUAAGCUUAGGAAUAGAGGGAUUAUCAGUCCCACAGAUAGGACUGUGGUGGUCAGCACUGCUCAUGGGUUGAAGUUUACACAGUCUAAGAUUGAUUAUCACUCCAACAAAAUCCCAGAUAUGGCUUGCCGUUUCUCUAAUCCACCAGUGCAAGUGAAGGCUGAUUUUGGAGCCGUUAUGGAUGUUCUCAAGAAGUAUUUGGCAGAUAAGGCUCCUAAGUGAGAUGCUUUGCUCUUCUACUCUUAGUUGAGUUUCAAGUUUUAUUUUGUUGUUGCAGUUCUUAAAAUUUUAUGAGAGCCUAGUAUUUACCUUAAUCCUGUAAUGCAUAUCAUUUGGUUUAUACAUGGAACCAGAUGACAUUUUGAAUUCUUUGAAGUUGCCGGCAUGACUUUUUCUUUUGGGAGGUGAAUGUUUUUACAACAGCACAAUCUUCAAUAA